GAGGUGGAGAUUGCAGUGAACCGACACCACUGCAUUCCAGCCUAGACAACAGAGCAAGACUCCAUCUCAAAAAAAAAAAAAAAAGAAGAAGAGAAAAGGAAAAGAAAUCAUUACAGUGGCUGUAUAUCUUCUGAAAUUUGCAUACAAUAAUUGCUUCUGACAUAUUCAAAAUAUGUCAGAAGCCCUCCAACAUCAGACUCCAAGUUUUUCAGUUUUGGGAUUCAGACUGGCAUUUCUUACUCCUCAGCUUGCAGACAGCCUGUGGGACCUUGUGAUCGUGUGCAGUAACUUUAAAUUCCUCAAAUCCCCUGAGUGCAAGGCCAUGGCUCAGAAAAGCCUUGCAAACAACAGCAUUAAUCUCCCCUACAAGGACUUGACCUCCGAGGUAACCAGGCGCCGAGUCACCAUGAUCAUAAGAAAAGAGAUAAUUACCCAGAAAAGUGAUGAAGCUAAGGAGAUGCUCUCCCACUUGGAUUUGGAACAAGCCCCUCCCCCUCACAGGACCUACCUCACAGUACCUCCCGCCCCACCUCCUUCUCCAGCUGAGGAUCCCACGGUCUCCUAAGAUGUAAACCUUAUUUUGAAGUGAAUUCUUACACAGAACUCCAGAAAACAGUUUCAGUGGCAUUCUUGAGGUUUGUCUUAGAAGACUCUUGAAGACCUUCGUUCUUUCCUAUUUUUCUUCACCUAGAACCACCAUAGAGCAUGAUUUACCCUUGCUAAUAUACUUAGUCAUUUUCGGUUUUUUAAUCCAAGUCUCUGAUAUGAUAUGCAUAUAUUUUGAUCUUUAUGUUAUGCUAUAGAACUGUUGCUGCAGUCAGUUGUAUUUAAAUUAAUAAACAGUUAUCAGGC